AUGGAAUAUCAAGAAAAUGCGUAUUUUAGCAACCUAAUGAACAAGUUUGACGUUGACCAUGAUUUUACCACUGAAUCUCCUCAACAAGAGAGUCAAUCUUUAUCAUUCUCUCCUGAAAUUAUUAGUCAAACUACAAAGAUAUCACAACGCAAAGGGAAUUUCACCGAAGAGGAAGACAUGAUGCUCAUAUCUUCAUGGCUUAAUAUUAGCUUAGAUCCAAUUAGAGGAAAUGAGCAAAAGUCAAAGAUUCAGGAUGCGAAAAAAUUGUACAAAGACUUGUAUCACUUGAACUUUCCCUUUGAGCAUUGUUGGAAUGAACUGAGAUCCCAACCAAAAUGGAUGGAAGAUACAACAACAAAGAAGCAAAAAAGCACAAAAAAUGCAUCUCCGGCAACGUCUACCCCUUGUACACCAUAUUCAGUAAACUUAGAGAACAAUGAUAACUAUGAUGUUGUGGAAAGACCAAUAGGAAAGAAGGCCGCAAAGAAAAACAAAGCUAAAGAUCUUGGAAAUAAUGUUACAGAGUCGCCUUUUGUGAAGCUCUUAGAAGAGAUAAAAGUAAAGAAUGACAUAACAAAUGAGAAGAAAAUAAAGAUAUUUGAGAAAUCUUAUCCUCAAGAGGAACGAAUGAUUGAAAAUGAGGAAAUGAGAGAGGAAUGGAGGCUUGCAUUGGACGAAAGGAGAGAGGAAGAGAGAAUCAUGUCAAUGGAUACAAGUAUUAUGCCUCCAUUGCAAGCACAAUAUAUUCGCCAACGUCAGAUGCAAAUCCUUGAAAAAAGGAAUUAA